UGAUAUAUGUCAAAACCCGCAUUUUAUUUUAUGUCUUUUCUGAACUGUUUUAGUGAAUUAUAAACUCUCCCGAAUCAUUGCAAAAUAUACGGUUAUAAACGCACAAGCGGGUAUUUUGACCUUCGCGACUUGCCCUAGACUCCUCUGUUGUUGACAUCAUAAUUGCUCUAGCUCAGUUUGUAGCAUACAUUUAGCUAGCAGGGCCACACUAUAAUGUUCCCGUAUUUAACAGAGACAGAAUAGAGAUAUUCUAAUAUAAAUAUAAAACACAGAUUGUAUUUUAACACUCGUUCACACCGUGCCGGAUAGGCUCCGCCCACCGGUAGAGGUAAACAAACUGUGUCUUCGUCCCUGUUUACAGUAGCCACCAUUACUCAGUUACAGGCUCUGAGAGGUGAAUAGAAAUAUAGAGUUGUACUUUCGAGAUGAAUUGCCGAUCAGAGGUUCUGGAGGUGACCGUGGAGGCCCGGCAGGUGGAGGAGGCGAUGUUGGCUUUGCUACACACCAUUUUAUUACACCGCAGCACCGGGAAAUUUCACUACAAAAAGGAGGGCACCUACUCUAUCGGGACCGUGGGGACACAAGACAUCGACUGCGACUUUAUCGAUUUCACCUUUGUCAGAGUUUCAUCAGAAGAGCUGGACAGAGUGAUUAGGAAAGCUGUGUCAGAGUUUAAGGAUGCAUUGAGCAACUCUGGCAGCGACGGUAUGGGCCAGAUCUCCUUGGAGUUCUUCCAGAAGAAGAAGUCCAGAUGGCCUUUUUCAGACGAGUGCAUCCCCUGGGAGGUGUGGAGCAUCAAGGUGAACGUGGUGAACCUGGCCAACGAGCAGGAGAGGCAGAUCUGCAGGGAGAAAGUGGGCGAGAAGCUGGGGGAGAAGGUCAUCAACGUGGUCGAGGUCAUAAACCGCCACGAAUACCUGCCAAAGAUGCCUACCCAGUCUGAGGUGGACAAUGUGUUUGACACCAGCCUUAAAGAUGUGCAGCCGUAUCUUUACAAAAUCGCCUACCAGAUCACAGAUUCCCUGGGGACGUCUGUGAGCACCACCAUGAGGAGGCUGAUCAAAGACACGCUGGCGUUGUGAGGAGGCCUUAACACACAGAUGAUGUACAUAUUCACAUACAGUCACACCUGACACAUCCUGCUGUGCACAUGAUUAGUCUGCUUGUACAAUACUUCUGUUGCAAUCAGUCUCUAUGGAAACACCUUAUCAGUCCCUCUCUCUUAGUUUCUGCAUUCCACUCAAGAUUCCUGAUUAUGUGCCGUUCAUUUUUCUUCUAAGAGAGUGUUGCCAUUAUCAAGCAACGUGGCAAUAACACAGUAGCAAAUGUUUUGUUUAAUUCUGUGAAAAAAUGGGUUGCUAAUAACAUCAAAUCUGUAAAAUACUGUACAUUUUUCUCAAUAAAUGUUGUAAAAUAUACUUAAACAGCA